AGUUUUUAAUGUUGGUGUCAUUGGUUAUCAUGGUGGCUGUUUAAUGUUUAUUCUAACCCAACUUGUAAAUUAAUUGAUUUUUGUUGAAUACAAACAAAUCUAGCAUGAAUUGGGACGAAGACAUAGACUUACUUCCAAAUAAGAAAUCUGCUACUAAACACGGACGGCGGGCAAGCAAUGCUCCUGCAAGUCCAGAAGAUCAGCCACAAAGUUCAACCAAAAAAACGCCACCAGAAGUGCCUAUAAGAACUAGGAAAACUGGGGGAUGGGCUGAUGAGGGCGUAAAAUCUGCAAAGGUGAAAGGAUCAAAUAUAAUUGAGCAAGAACGCUUUCAAAAUGAAAAACCACAAGAUUCUGAGGAUGAUAUUCCAGUAAUACCUGACAUUGAUGAUAUUGCCGAUGAUCCACUUAAUUUGCCUGAUGUAAAGGUCCCUAACAUAACUGUGAAAGAAUCAACUUAUAAAGAACUGGAUAGUCAGUUUGAAACAGGCCAACCAAAUUUUGGAAAUAUUGGAGAUGUAGACUUGUCUAUUUUAACAAGCAGACUUUAUCCAGAGAAAGAUGUUCAAAGAUGUACGGAAGUGUGGACUAUGGAGUCAUUGUAUCAAGACCUUACGAAACAAUGACUUCAUCGUAACUUUUUUUACAUUUUUUUUCCACAAGGAUGUAUUUAUGCACACAUUUUGCAGGUUGGUGUUACGCAGUUCCGAAAUCGUUGCAAUUUCUUCGGAUGGCUUUGGUGUUACUAACGAACUAACAAGGGAGCUUUGAAACGCCGUUCUGAAUAUAAUACAUCCGAAGAAAAAUAAAACGAGUUGGAUUUUAAUUAUGAAUUCUUGGUGGUCGAAGUGAAUGAACGGGUUUCCGAAAACGGUGUUAACACAACGGAGCAGAAUUACAACUUGUUAGCAAUAAAAUGCGGAGCGAGAAAUCAAAACUGGAUAAGUGUUUACGAAGAGUGAAUUCUUCUUCUUGUACUGGGAUAACAACAGAAAUUUGGUUCGUUUCGUGAGGAUAAGUGUAUUCAGCGUCUUGGUACAAGUUGUUCAUGUAGUAAUGGCUUAUGAAACACAAGUCCGUAACAUCACUCAUUGCAUCUUCGUAAGCCCCUGUGAAGUAGGUGUGUUCUGGAGGUUCAAUUAUUUUGUAAGUUGCGUUUAUCAUAGAUGUGACCAGUUUUAAACGAACAAUGUCUUGGCCGACCCAUUCUCCAUUUUCUUUCAUAUUUAAGGGAAAAUUAUUGAAUAAAGACACUCUCAAUUGAUAGCCAUACAAGUUAGAUAACUUAUCGUGGAAUAAAUUGCAACCAACACAUGAAUUUCGCGUAAGGUUUAUCACUUCGUUUUUGAAGCCAUUGUAAGUGAAAACUUCCAAACGUUUGAAUGCCAAUACCACUACAAAGUUGACAAUGUGUCGUUCCCAUAUAGUUUCCAUGAAUUUAGUCAAAAAAUUUAAAUUCGUGACGGUUUCACAAAUUAUAAAGUGGGUUUCUAGUCGUGGCUCCCAAAAGGAAUAUUCUCGUAGUUGGUCAAUUGUCACGUUAAUGUUUGUGAUAUUUUCGACAAAAAUAAAAGUCGCUUGCAUUUUUGGAACAUAUCCGGAAGCAUUGAAGGAAACUCCUGCCGUCACUGCUGGGCAAGCGUUAUUUUUGAUGAAACAGUUUGAAAUGUCGUUUGUUCUGUCGUGGUUUAUGUUAACAUAACUACAGAAAGCCAGUUGUUUGUGAGACUGAUAUUUUCUGACGUAUUCUACGAAAUGUUGGUUUGUGGGCGAUUCUACUGGAGCGUUUAAAAAAGUUUGGGUGAAAUUGAUAAUCAUUAAAUUAACGCAGAGUUUUGGUAAACUCCAAGACAUUGUUGUUUUGUUAAGUGGAUGAAUUGUCUGUUGAUGGUCUUGGAAGUAAAAUCGAUUUCUGAUUGAAAAAACACAUUUAAAUUUCCUAAUGAAUAAAGAAUUGUUCAGACUAAUUACGGUAAUUUGUGAUGUAUUUUCAUUUUCUUUCUGAAUAUGUACGAAGUGUCUUGUUAACGUUAAUUUAAGUUUGCGUUAAUAAUCUCGGUAAUUUCGUUCAUAAUUUGAGUUAGGUAAAGAUUUAAAAAAUAAAUUAGCACAUAAAUAAUUUGCUCUUUAAGCAAUAUUGUUACAAAAUUUAUUUUGUUACGAGUUUGAGCGAAAAAUCAUUCAAUAAGUUUUUUAAAGAAUUCUACAGUAUUGCGAUGUUUUUUUCUUUUUUUUUCUUUAGUUGUUAAUGCAAUUCGCCACUGUUCCAUAAUUAUUAGUAUUAGUGUAAGCAACAAUACUAAUACGCAUAUGUAAUGUAAUGCUUAUCAAUUAUGAUGAAUGGUUAUAUGUAUUUUUUAUCUACAAGACAUCUGCAUUAAGUGAAAAUAAUGUAAGUGUUUUAUACAUAAUUUAUGAGAAAUGGAUUUCUAUUAAUAAUGCGCGUAUUUUAUAACAUAUUUAUAUAGUAGAAUUUUUUUUUAGUAGAAAUACUGCUGCUGGGCCAAUUGUAACACAUUAAACAAUUCAAAACUUCAUAAAAACUAAGAAAAAAUUGUAAUUUGGUCGUGGUUUCGUGGUUUUGUAUGCAACCAGUUAUACACCCGCGCAUGUGGAUUGUCUACCCUUUCCAAAUUAAAGCCGUAAAAAAUUUACACUCUUUUACUAAGAUGAGUUUUUGAAUUACUUGAACGCUAAGUCUUUUCAUUUAAAAACCCUUAGCAUUUGAAGCAUUUAUUUUAAAACUUUGCAAUUUUUAGAGGUUUUGAGCUUUAGCGCUAAUAGGGAACUUGAAAUAAAAUAAUUUUGCCACAAUUUGUAACCAAAUUAUGGAUUAUGACUACAGGAACUAAAGGAAGUUUUUACACUUUGUUAUCACUGAAUUUUUAUGGUACUAAAUCAAUACCCAUUUUAAAAUUUUAACAUUUUUAGCGAUUUUUUAUGUGCACAUCCGUAUAGUUGGUUGCCUAUACAAUCUGUCAAAAUUGGCAAUUUUUUUUUAAAUAUAAUAAAAUGAUUAUUAAAUAACAAUAAAAAAAUUUUUUUUUAGAAAAUCACAAGGUUACAAAUUUUGCACCAUUUAAAUCUGUAAAUAUAAAAUACAGAUUACUGUAAAUUACUGUUUGAUAAAAGUACACAUAGAUGGCAUAGUAGAUUUUAUAGAUUCCUGUAAAACUGUUGCAAUAUUUGACGUUAACUAGACAGUGACAUCUAGAUAUUGUAUCUUAAAAAACAAUUUUACAGUAACCUAUUUAAUGUAUUCUCAUUGUAAAUUUUUGAGAUCUAUUUUAAUUAACUAAUGUUGGAGUUAUUUAAAACCAAUGUGGGUAUCAAGAUUACAGAAAUGCAAGAAGUCCAUUACAUUACACAUUUUGGUUUGACGUGUAGUUUUCAUUCACUUCCGUAUAAUUGGUUGCCUAUACAACAUGUCAAAAUUUGCAAAAUUUUAUAAAUUUAAUUUGUAUGAGGUUUCCAGGAACAUCAGAAGCUGUAACCAGCAGGUCUUUAACUUUAAAGACCUUCUUGCGUCUCUUCUUGGUUCUAGGUUUUGAACCCCACAACUCUCUUCUCGAGGCCAGUUUUCGAAUUGUACGACUCCUGGACCAUUCUUUAGUUGGGAAUGUUAUCCUGAUUUCGAUCGUCAUUGAAGCAUUUGCACUUUAGCCGUAGCAUGUAUAGUUAUUUUUUAAUAAAAUGUUAAAAUGUA